GAAAUUUAAUUAGCCAUGGAUCGAGCAUCAAUUUAUUUUAUGGAUGAAACACAACGCAAUACCUAUGACUAUGAUGAAGACUUACCACCUUUACCAUUGCCCGACUUACACGACACAAUGGAAAGAUAUUUUGAGAGCCUGAAACCAUUUGGUAGCGCCGAAGAAUUAGCAAAUGCCCGAAAGGCCAUUAAAGAAUUUGAAAAUGGCAUUGGUGCCAAAUUACACGCCAAACUGAAAGAACGCGCAUCGAAAUUGAAAAAUUGGUUAGAUCAGUGGUGGGAUGAUUAUGCAUAUCAUAUGCUGAGAUUACCAUUAAAUCCCUACAUUGUUAUGGCCAUGGCUAUUCAAUUGGAAGUUAUAAAUAUACCCGAAACACCAGAAUAUGCUUUAAAGAAUUUAGCACGUAUUACAUAUCACACUAUUGAAUUUUGGGAUUUAUUACACAAGGCCACAAUUAAACCACUGUCAUCGAAUGGUGGUAAAAUUAAAUAUUCAUCUGCCCUCUAUAAGAGAUUUUUCUCGACGACAAGAGUGCCGGGUGAAGAAAUGGAUCACAUUGAAAAACAUUUUAAAACUGUAACCGAGGGUAAAACUCCAUCACAUGCAUUAAUUUCGGGCAAAGGUCGUUUGUUUAAGUUCGAUUGUUUACACGAAGAUGGUUCGUUAAUUACACCCCAGGAGAUUUUAAUUUUACUUCAGAGAGUACGCAGUAUUAUUGACUAUGAACCAAUGGGUGAUUGUGUUCCAGUACUUACACAUGACGAUCGUACAUCUUGGGCCAAGAAUCGUACACGUCUCUUGGAACUCUCUCCAGACAAUAAGGAUACGUUGAAAUGGAUUGAAAGUUCCAAUGUUGUGGUUGUAUUCGAUGAAAAUGAACCUAAAGAUUAUGCAGAAAUUUCACAAGUUGCCACCACUGGUGAUUUUCACUCAAAGUGGGGUGAUCGUAGCAGUACUUUAAUUUCGUAUAAAAAUGGCAAAUUUUCCUGUGUUGGAGAGCAUUCCUGCUACGAUGGUACCGUGAGCGUUAGUUAUGUAUUAUUUGUUCAAUUGAGUUUAUUUGAACUACCUGAACCUGAUUGGUCGGAAGGAGAAAAAAUGCCUCUUAUACCAAUAAAAGAAUUGAAAUUUGAUUUGGAUGAAACUAUCAAAUCGGAAAUUGAACGUGUUAAAAAAGACUGUGAUGAUAGACGCACCGAUGUUUUGGUAACACAUGAAGUAUUCUAUGAUUAUGGCAAGGAGUACAUUAAAUCUUGUAAAUUACAUCCAGAUUCCUUUGUACAAGUAAUAAUGCAAUUGGCCUACUACGAAAUGCAUAACGAAAUUGCUUCCGUUUAUGAAACAGCCUUAAUGCGUCACUAUUAUAAUGGUCGCACAGAAACAUUACGCUCCUGCACAAGCGAAGUUUAUAAAUUUCUACAAAUAGCCAGUGACAGUAAAUCAACCAAAUCCGAAAUAGUUAAUGCAUUCCGCAAAGCUGUCAAUCAUCAUAAUCACAUGAUGAAUGAAGCACGCAAGGGUCAUGGUGUUGAUCGUCAUCUCUUUGGUCUAUGGUGUAUAGCAUAUGAAAAUAAUAUGGAUAUACCCGAGUUCUAUUCGGAACCACUGUACACGAAAUCCGGAGGUGGUGGUAAUUUUGUAUUAUCCACCAGUACAUUGGGAUAUUCGGUUAAUGUUGGUUUUGUCGCACCCAUGGUAUUGGAUGGUUAUGGUGUAUUUUAUACCAUUACAUCGGAACGCAUUUUUAUACAAUCCACUGCCUUCCGUAAUAGCGAAAAAACCAGUGCCCAUCGUUUUAGUCAACAUUUUAUGAAUACAUUCCGCAAAAUGAAAUCACUCUUAGAUGAGUGUAGUGAAUCUAAGCUAUAA